GGGGGGGGGAGAGAUAGAGAGACAUUGCUGAUCAUUGCUCCCCUCUCCACCACACACACUGCAUGGCAAUGGAUUGACAUCAGCAGCUCUUCUUCUUCCUCUUGUGUUGUAUCUUCACAUGCACUUCCCUGCCUGCCCUGACAGCUGCAAAAGGGAGAAGAGAGAAUUUUUAGCAAGUAAGGCAAUUUGGAGUGACAUGCAAACGAUCCCUCCCCCUACCCAGGCACUGAUUAACCAGGAGAUGCAAUGCAAGAACCCUGAGGAGCUGGAUUGGGGAGCAACACCAAAAGGAGACCAGCCAAGCAAGGAUUGCAAUAGGGGAUUCCUGAGUGGUCAUUGAGGAGGAUUACUUGGAAUUAAAGCUCCCAAAACACAUUUAUGUAUGGCUUGGUUAAAGUUGCGGCCUCAUGCAUCGGCCUUCCUUCACUUUGGACUUGUCACUUUCAUCUUGCUUCUUCAAAGUCUUCAGGUUCAUGCUGUUUCUACAGGACAUCCCCCAAGUGCUGCACAAAAACCAAACAACUGCACUGGUUCUUUUGACUGUAAGGCAGGCGUUAUCUUGCCAAUAUGGUACCCAGAAAACCCGUCACUGGGGGAUAAAAUUGCCAGAGUUAUCGUGUAUUUUGUGGCAAUGAUCUACAUGUUUCUCGGUGUGUCAAUCAUUGCAGAUCGUUUUAUGGCAUCUAUAGAAGUCAUAACAUCACAAGAGCGGGAAAUCAUUAUUAAAAAACCCAAUGGUGAGACCUCCACAACAACUAUUCGAGUAUGGAAUGAAACUGUUUCCAAUCUAACCCUCAUGGCACUUGGUUCUUCUGCCCCCGAAAUUCUCUUGUCAUUGAUUGAAGUAUGUGGUCAUAAUUUUGUUGCUGGAGAUCUUGGCCCAUCAACCAUUGUUGGGAGUGCAGCAUUUAACAUGUUUAUCAUUAUUGCAAUUUGUGUCUAUGUCAUACCUGAUGGUGAAGUUCGAAAGAUCAAACAUCUUCGAGUAUUUUUCGUGACUGCAGCCUGGAGCAUCUUUGCAUAUAUAUGGUUAUAUAUGAUCCUUGCUGUGUUCUCUCCUGGAGUGGUGCAAGUGUGGGAAGGUUUGCUCACUUUGUUCUUCUUCCCUGUGUGUGUUGUCCUUGCCUGGGUGGCAGAUCGACGUCUUCUCUUCUACAAAUAUAUGCACAAAAAGUAUCGGACUGACAAACACAGAGGAAUUAUGAUUGAGACUGAGGCAGAGCACCCUAAAGGGAUUGAGAUGGAUGGUAAAGUCAUGAAUUCUCAUUUUCUAGAUGGAAAUCUCUUAAACAUGGAUGGAAAAGAAGUAGAUGAAUCUCGCAGAGACAUGAUAAGAAUCCUAAAGGAUUUAAAGCAAAAACACCCAGAGAAGGACUUAGAUCAGUUAGUAGAAAUGGCAAACUAUUAUGCCUUGUCACACCAGCAGAAGAGCAGAGCUUUUUACCGAAUCCAAGCCACCAGAAUGAUGACGGGAGCAGGUAACAUCCUAAAGAAGCAUGCUGCUGAGCAGUCAAAGAGAUGCACCAGCUUGCAAGACAUAUGUUUGGACGAAUCUGAAGAAUUUGUGUCUAAGAUCUACUUUGAUCCAUGCUCCUACCAAUGCCUGGAAAACUGUGGUGCUGUCUUGUUGACCGUUGUGAGAAAAGGCGGCGAUAUCUCCAAGACACUGAUAGUGGACUAUAAAACGGAAGACGGAUCUGCAAAUGCAGGAGCCGAUUAUGAGUUCACAGAAGGAACUGUAGUGUUCAAAUCUGGAGAAACUCAGAAGGAGUUCUCAGUUGGGAUUAUUGAUGAUGACAUCUUUGAAGAAGAUGAACAUUUCUUUGUGAGACUCAGUAACUUACGAAUAGCUGACGCUCCAGAGCCAGUGGAACCCAAUACCUUUACCUACCCAAAAGCAGUUUUAGUCUCUCCCUAUGUGGCCUCCGUUACAAUCCUGGAUGAUGAUCAUGCUGGGAUUUUUACUUUUGAAUGUGACAUCAUUCGUGUCAGUGAAAGUAUUGGCGUGAUGGAAGUUAAAGUUCAUAGGACAUCUGGAGCUAGGGGCACUGUCAUUGUCCCUUUUAGGACAAUUGAAGGAACUGCAAAAGGUGGCGGAGAAGAUUUUGAAGAUGCGUAUGGUGAACUGGAAUUUAAGAAUGAUGAAACUGUCAAAGCAAUUCAGAUCAAAAUAAUUGAUGACGAGGAGUAUGAAAAAAACAAGACUUUCCACAUUGAACUGAGGGCGCCACACGUUGUGGACAUGAGUGUGCAGAAAGCUUUACUGUUGAAUCAAGCCAUUGAACUGGCAGAAAGGAAACCGUCAGUGGAGGAAGAAGAAGCAAAACGAAUUGCCGAGAUGGGAAAACCGAUUUUGGGGGAGCACCCAAAACUUGAAGUGGUCAUUGAAGAGUCUUAUGAGUUUAAAAGUACAGUGGACAAGCUCAUUAAGAAGACUAACCUCGCCCUGGUGGUAGGAACUCAUUCCUGGAGGGAUCAGUUCAUGGAAGCAAUUACUGUUAGUGCAGCUGGAGAUGAAGAGGAGGAUGAGUCUGGAGAAGAGCGGCUGCCAUCUUGUUUUGACUAUGUGAUGCAUUUCCUGACCGUGUUCUGGAAAGUACUUUUUGCGUGCGUUCCCCCUACAGAAUAUUUAAAUGGAUGGGCGUGCUUUGUUGUAUCAAUAAUUAUCAUUGGCAUCCUCACUGCCAUUAUCGGGGACCUUGCUUCACAUUUUGGCUGUACCAUUGGCUUGAAGGAUUCUGUGACUGCUGUGGUAUUUGUGGCCUUUGGCACAUCGGUGCCUGAUACAUUUGCAAGCAAAGUGGCGGCUACACAGGAUGUGUAUGCAGAUGCUUCAAUUGGCAACGUGACCGGGAGCAAUGCUGUUAAUGUAUUCCUCGGUAUUGGCAUAGCCUGGUCUGUGGCUGCCAUCUACUGGGCUUCCAAGGGACAAGAAUUCCAUGUGCAAGCUGGCACCUUAGCUUUCUCAGUAACCCUCUUUACCAUCUUUGCAUUUGUCUGCAUCAGCGUCUUGCUGUAUAGGAGGCGGCCUAGUAUAGGUGGGGAACUGGGUGGCCCAAGGGGCUGCAGACUUGCUACAACUUUGCUCUUUGUAACCCUAUGGCUGCUAUACAUCUUAUUUGCUACACUGGAAGCCUACUGUUAUAUCAAAGGGUUCUAAUCUAAGCCAAGUGAAGCCUGCAACAAAGACGCCGCCUUCAUCUGUCGGCAGUCUCCUUGAGGAGACUCUUCACUGCAGAAGGGAUACCAGCCAAUCAAAUUGCACCUCUGCCACUGCUGGAGAUGAAUGAUCUCACAAUCCAAAGGACCUUCUGACUUGUACCAAUGGUUGACGUGCAUUAAGACAAAUAGCGGUACUCUGAAUUUUCGAGAAACCGUUCAAGAAACAAAAAGAAAAAAAAAAAAACGCUUUCUAGCCAAUAAAUACUGGAACAGGACAGUGGAUACACUUUAAAUACUUGUCACUUUUUAAUAACAAUAGCAAAAGUAAAUAACAAUAGCAAAGUGAAGCUAUUUGUGCCCCCCAGGGUACCAGGCAACAUCACACUUUGACCAAUGGCAUAAUAACCGAAUGGUUACAACCAGCAAGAAUUUCUGGUUUAGUUUAAUCUCCUUUUGUUGGGUUUUUUGUUUUGUUGCUUUAAACAAACCUUUGUAUUUAUUUUAUAUUUAUACUCAGCCAUUGAGACCGAUCUCAGUAAUUGCAAUUUGGAAACUGUUGGCACCGUGGUAAUUAAAUAUCUAUCCUAUCUUUUUAUUUGAUCUCACCGCAAACUGGAAAAAUGCAACUGGGGAAGCCAAGGAACAGGGAAGAAGCCUUCAGUAUAACUCUUUAGCACCUCUAUAGUGCUUACUGGGAAUUCCAAGUUUACAUGAGUGUCAACAACCCUUGGAUGGGGAGAGGAAGAAUAGAGGUCACCUUAUCAAAGCUUGUAAACCUUUGUAUAUACUAAGCUGUAUUCACUUGUUGCUGGAUACCAGUGUGAUUUGAUAUUGGCAGUCAGUUUAAACAAUUACCUCUCCAAUGUUUAAUGGGAUGACCCAUAUCAGUCCCUCCAAUCCUAUGUCCUACUUGGUGAUCCAGGAUAAGCUUAGAGAGAACAGGCCAAAUUCCCUUGCACCAGGACAUAGGAAUUAGCUGUGUGUGGUCUGUUACCUACCUGUUAUUUUCCUUUUCAUUGUAUAUUAGUAGCGGUUUAUCCCAAUAUAUUGUAUUACUUUUCCUUUAGAAGACAAAAAUUCGAUUUAUUUUUGUAUACAUCACCUCUAGAUCACCUUCAAUUUCAUUACUUGCAAAAGGAAUUUUACAGGGAAAUAUAUUUUUAUCUAUUUUAUGUGAAUACAUUUUCCUUCUAUACAAAGCUUUAUUAGAGUUCUUUGACAGGAGGGAAAUAAUUCCGCUCACAUAUAUCCUUACUGGAGGUUGUAAUGCUUAUAUGAACUAAUCUGAAAGUUGUCAACUACAAACGGUAACUGAAGAGUAAGACAUAAAGGCACUAGUAAAGAUGGUUACAAAUAUACAUUUAUAUACCCUAUGUACACACAUACCCUCAUACGAAAUUGUAAAGUGCUGCUUAAUAUGUCGAAGUUAUAUAAAUAAAGAUGUUUAUUAUAUAUCAGUCCAACCAUGAGACACCCACAAAUCUAUACAAACGCAAGACACCCCAGAAUAAAAGUGAAUUAAGUCCAAAUGAACUGGGAAUCUGAAUACUAGACAAAAGUACCUACACAUUAUAAUAGUACUGAAGAAACAGGUACCUGCACUCACCAAUAGGCUGCUGUAGCUCGACUCCUCCGGCUGAACAGACGAUCCGGAAGAAGCACAAUCAGCGCAAAACUUUGCCAGCAGUCGCCUUGCUUCUGAGCGCCCUGCUAUGAGUCUGACACCAGAUCAUCUGUUCAGCCAGAGGAGUCGAGCUACAGCAGCCUAGUGGUGAGUGCAGGUAUCUGUUUCUUCAGUACUAUUUGUUAUAUGAUUUUGGAUUUCUUGGUUCCCAGCACCCCCUGGACUCACAGGCACGAGGACCGUGAUCUCCCGCAGUGACAGCCCGCUAUCUACAGCAUCUUGUAUAUAGUGACUACAUCACUUUUUCCUAGGUCUCUGAACACUACAGUGCUCUUGCCUAUUGUUUAGUAGUUGUACCUGCACAUUAUAACAACACAAGGAAAUUGCAAGCAUUAAAGGGGUACUCUCCUGGAAAACAUUUUUUUUAAAUCAACUGGUGCCAGAAAGUUAAACAAAAUAAAUAAAUUACUUCUAUUAAAAAUGUUUAAUCCUUCCUGUACUUAUCAGCUGUUGUAUUCUGCAGAGGAAGUUCUUUUCUUUUUUAAUUUCUUUUCUGUCUGACCACAGUGCUCUCUGCUGACACCUCUGUCCAAAUCAGGAACUGUCCGGAGCAGGAUAGGUUUGCUAUGGGGAUUUGCUUCUGCUCUGGACACUUCCUAAAAUGGACAGAGGUGUCAGCAGAGAGCAUUGUGGUCA